CCCUCUCUCCUCUUGCCUCUCUGUAUCUCUCCAUCUGUGUCGUCAUUGUGAGAAAGCCUGGGAGUGGCAGGAAGAAGUAGCGGAAGAGAAGAAAGAAGAAGAAGAAGAAGAAGAAGAAGAAGGAGGAGGAAGACGAAGAGGUCGAGCAGCUUGUACGCGAAUCAGGAUUUGACUGAAUAUUUUUAGAGCAUCCUUCCAUUAACGGCAGCAGUAUGGCUGAGGGCACCGUGUCAGUUGCAGAGGUGGAGACCGCCUUCCAGAAGUUUGCAGUCCAUGGAGACACUAAGGCCACAGGGAAGGAGAUGAACGGCAAAAACUUUGUAAAGCUCUGCAAGGACUGCAAAAUCAUCGACGGCAAGAAUGUCACCACUACAGAUGUUGACAUAGUUUUCAGUAAAAAUAAGGCAAAGUCAGCUCGUGUAAUUACAUUUGAGCAGUUCAACCAGGCCCUGAUAGAGCUGGCUCCCAAACGUUUUAAAGGGAAGAGCAAAGAGGACUCUCUUCAGCAGCUCUAUAGUCUCAUUGUUGGCAAGGAGCCUGCCAACAUCGGAGUCACUAAAGUGGCAAAGGCAGCAGCAGUGGAUAGACUGACCGACACCACAAAGUAUACCGGAGCUCACAAGGAGAGGUUUGACGAGUCAGGCAAAGGAAAAGGAAAAGUCGGUCGCGAGGACGUCCCAGACGACAGUGGCUAUGUAGGGGCUUACAAGGGCAGCGGUAGUUAUGAUGAAAAAGUGAAGGAAGCAUAAUUAGCAUAAUUAUGCUGAAACAUUAUGGAAAACUUGGUCAUUAACUUAAAAUCAGGAGAUUAAAGAAUACAUAAAUUCAUUGGAUAUUAUAUUUUUCAAGACAAAACAAAAAUACUUUGGGCCUAUUGCAAUUAUAAUACUUAUUGAGUCCAUAAAAACACAACUAUAUAUAAUUGGAAUUUCAAGGUUUUCAGAAGCGGCAACCAGGAUGAAGAACUUAAAGACAAGAUUUCCUAAAAAUAAUCCUAAAUACUUAUCUGCCGUAAGUACAGAAAUGUUUAAUGAGAUUAAGCAUGAAUAUGUGAUAGUGUUCUGUACAUGAUGAUACUGCAGGGGACAAAAUAUAAAACUGUACUUGUAGUCAAGCAUGCUUUAUAGAAACUCCGUGCCUUAGUAUUGAUGUAGCCGCUAGCCUGAAUGCUUUGCUAUACGAUAAUGUGCUGCUAAUCUCACUUACCUUGAUGCAAUGGAUGAAACCUUUGCUGGUGUCAAGAAACUACACUUGCUAAACUUGUCACGUAGCUACAGGAACAAACAGUCCCCAAUAUUCUUUGAAUGUAUUCAUAUAUUUAAAUGACAAUUACAUUAACAAGAUAAACAUGUAACAAACAGUGUUAUUAUACUGUACUGACUGCAUAAAUCACUUUUAAUCAAUUUAUUUUUAACUUAGUGACAACAUUGUGAUGUGAUUAUUGAUGCGCAUAUAAUGUAUCUUUUCAUGCAACUUUAUUUUCCUUCAACGUCAUGUAAGGUUAAAAGGUUUAUUAUAAGAGGAGUGAAUGUGAGAAUCUUAAGAGCCAUAAAUUGUAAGAAUAUACGUUUUAUUAAUCCUCUAUAAAACCACAUUUAAGAUCCUGGUGCUUUUACAGUGAAAGUGCUGGGUGAUAUCCAAGCAAUUGUACAAUUUAAACAGUGUGUUAUUUUACAUAUUGUACAUACGUCUUUGUUGCACUCAUGACAUACAUGACAUUCAUAUAGACUUGUGAAAGUGAUCAAAUGUUUUAACAAUCUUUGUGAGCUUGUAUAAUAAACUGUAAACUUAAGCAAAAGGAAAACAACAGGAGCGGAUUUACAUGAUUGGAAAUGAAAAGUAAUCAUUUUUCUCAAGCGCGUUAUGUUAUCAGUGAAUAGCUGUUUGAAGCAAUGAGGGUUAACACUAAUAACCCUGAUGCUAACGCUUGCCUGCUUAUUCUAAAAGAUAACUGGGAUACCAUUUCACACCACAAUGGGCCCUUGCAGAACAAUAAACUCUCAGUAUUCACAUUCUUUCUACCUGGGCCCUUCUUGUAAUAUGACAAUGAUGGCAUUUAUGGAGGAUCCAUAGGAACCAUUUUAAUGCUCUUGUAUGGUGCACAUGUUUCAAAAUAAUAGUUUAUAUCCUUCAUGUCUCACACAGUAGGCCCGAGCUGAUAAGCAUGACCUGGGUUUUGUGCCAUUGAACUCCAUAAUAAACUGUGUUCUCUGCAUUACCAUGCUCAACUCAUGCUUUACUAUCAUCACUGUGAUCUUAUUACAUAAUGAAGAAAUAAUCUAAUAAAUGAGUGGAAUCUA